GAGGUUUACACCAUUAUUACAUCCAUCAGAUUGCCAGACAGAGAUUCGAGUCCAGAGAUGGUGUGCUUUACACCACUGCAGCCAACGCUUUGCAUUACACUUGGUGAUGUAAGGCUUGGACGCAGCUGCUCGGCCAUGAAAAUCCAUUCCAUGAAGCUCUCUGUGCACUGCUGUUGUGCUAAUCUGAAGGCCACACAAAGUUUGGAGGUCUCUAGCUAUUGACAUGCGCUGCCCCCGCUCUGUCAUUUUACUUGACCUACCACUUCGUGGCUGAGUUGCUGUUGUUCCCAGUUGCUUCCACUUUGUUAUAAUACCACUAAUAGCUGACCGUAGAAUAUUUAGUAGCAAGGACAUUUCACAGAUGGACUUAUUGCCGAUUCUUUCACAAAUGUUUGUAGAAGCAGUCUGCAU